UAUCAUUGAUUGAUCUUUGUUCUUUAUAUGAAUAAAUUACCUUUGAAAAACAAAGAAAAAAUACAUCAUGACUUUUUGACAAGCCUAUAGUUAAGUUUAUGGAGAAAAUCCUUCAACUGAUCAAGUAUAAUAAGGUGACAUGCAAAGCUAGGAAGAAAGACAACUAAACGAUGCUGCUGGAAAUGGACACAUAUAGACAAUAAUUUAAAAACAUGGAAAAAUUAGCAGUUUGUGUAUGUUAAAUUUAUUUGACAUCAUAUGCAUACUAUAACAGGCAUAGGUUCAACAAAGUUUGUGGGUGUUACCUGCCCCCAAAAAUUGUUAGCUGAAACUAAUAUAAUCCAUUUAAGUAAAUACUAUGAUGAUAACCUGUGUUAAAUUAGCCUUUAGAUAAUGUGACCAAUGAAGACUUUAAUUCUUCUUGUUUACUAGACUAAAGAUUUUUUUAAAUAAUCAUAUUAAAGUACUUGUAGGGCAAGAAGCCUGCUUAUAGUUUUUCCUCUUGUAGCAUAAUCAAUAAUUGGCUUGAUAGCCAGGCUUUGUAGCUUUUAACCAAAAGCAAACUAAAGGUAUAAUUUAGAUAUUCUAUAGUUGUUUAGAAUUUUGGGAAUAUAAACCUUGAAAAGGCAGUAGUUUUAACAUUUUCAUAAGUAUGUCAAUGUCAUUUAGGCCAUAGGUUAGUAUUACACCAAAUAAUGAGCAAAUAACACUUGAAUUACCUGUAAGAGUUACUAUAAUCCCAAAGAGUACUAAAAAAUAUCUAGGUAAUUUAUAAGGGAUAUUCAUUCUACCUGAGUGUAAACUCAGGUGUAAAUCUAGUAAAGGUCUGGUGAAUUUUACAUAAGUAGGAGUCUAUCAUUUGAUAGUUUUUAUAGUAAAAAUCUAAUUUAGUAUGAAGAAAUGAGAGAUUUCAUCAAAAAGUAAAAUCACUCAUGCACAAAACUACCUCCCAAUGACUUGUUGCAGGUACCUUGUAUCAAAAUAUUAAGAGUAUAAUGGAAGAUAGCAUGAUCUUGUCAAAUUGGACAAUCGGCAACAAAUACAAAAUGGAAUAUGACUUUUCAUGUGAACUGUGCAGAAUGUCUCCAUAUUCAACUUUCCCCACUGGUGUUCCUGUGAUCUCAGAAAGGAGUCUUGCUCGUGCUGGCUUUUAUAACACUGGUGUGAAUGACAAAGUCAGAUGCUUCUGUUGUGGCCUGAUGCUGGAUAACUGGAAAGAAGGAGACAAUCCUAUUGAAAAGCAUAAAAAGUUGUAUCCUAGCUGUAGCUUCAUUUCAAAUCUGGCUUCUGUUACUAAUUUGGAAUCUACCUUUGAGAAUACUUCUCAGGUGAGAAACAGUUUUACACCAUUAUCUCCCACUUUGGAACAUAGUGGCUCAUUGAGUGGUUCUUCUUCCAACCUUUCACCAAACCCUGUUCUUUCUUGAACAGUUGAAGACUUAUCCCCAUUGAGGACUAACCCCUACAGUUAUGCAAUGAGUACUGAAGAAGCCAGAUUUCUUACUUACCAUAUGUGGCCGUUAAGCUUUUUGUCACCAUCAGAAUUGGCAAGAGCUGGUUUUUAUUACAUAGGACCUGGAGAUAGGGUAGCGUGCUUCGCCUGUGGUGGGACUAACUGGGAAUCAAAGGACCAUGCAAUGUCAGAGCACCGGAGACUUUUCCCCAACUGUCCAUUUUUGGAAAAUUCUCUAGAAACGCUGAGGUUUAGCGUUUCAAAUUUAAGCAUGCAGACACAUGCAGCUCGACUGAGAACAUUUAUGGGCUGGCCAUCUAGUGUUCUAGUUCAGCCUGAGCAGCUUGCAAGUGCUGGUUUCUGUUAUGUGGGUUGCAACGAUGAUGUCAAAUGCUUCUGUUGUGAUGGUGGUUUAAGGUGUUGGGAAUCUGGAGAUGACCCAUGGGUAGAACAUGCCAAGUGGUUUCCAAGGUGUCAGUUCUUGAUACACAUGAAAGGACAGGAGUUUGUUGAUGAUAUUCAAGCUAGAUAUCCUCAUCUUGAACAGCUGUUGUCAGCUUCAAGUCACAUCCUGGAUCAUCUUUUAAAGGCCAAUAUAAAAAAACAGGAACAUGAUAUAAUUAAACAAAAAACACAGAUACCUUUACAAGCAAGAGAACUGAUUGAUACUGUUUUAGUUAAAGGAAAUGCUGCAGCCAACAUCUUCAAAAACUGUCUAAAAGAAAUUGACUCUACAUUAUAUAAGAACUUAUUUGUGAAAAAGAAUAUGAAGUAUAUUCCAACAGAAGACGUUUCAGGUCUGUCACUGGAAGAAAAAUUAAGGAGGUUGCAAGAGGAAAGAACUUAUCAAGUGUGUAUGGACAAAGAAGUUUCUAUUGUAUUCAUUCCUUGCGGUCAUCUGGUAGUAUGCCAGGAAUGUGCCCCUUCUCUAAGAAAAUGCCCUAUUUGCAGGGGUAUAAUUAAGUGUACUUUUUAUACCUUUCUCUCCUAAAAACAAAACAAAAAAACAUAGGCUAUAUGUUAGCUUAUAUGUAAAAGUCUUUAAAAAUACUGUUGAACAUUUAAGCCAUCUGGAAUAAAAAAGGAAUUAUUAGUUCUUUAUUUAGUAACAUUUGUGUUCUACCCUGCUUUGGUAUUAGUAAUGUUGUUUCAAAAAAUAGAUACUAUCGUAAAUCAUAUUGAACUUCAAUCUGUUUAUAUGAAAGGGAAGAUUAUGUUUUUUGGGCUAUUUAUGGAAUUGUGUGAAUAGAGGAGAAAUUAAAGGAGUAGUCUCAGUGUUAGUAUAUAUCAUUUCAGGAGUGACUAAAUUUGGUCUUCUUCCUGAAAGCUUUGAGUACUACAUUAUAAUUUAAAAGAACUGGGAACCAGAAACUGGAGUUUAUCAAAGUUAUACUGUCAAAUUCUCUGUGGUGUUUUUCAGUUGUGUUGUAAAAUAAGGAAAUUUCUCUAACUAGUUAGUAAAUAAGCUUCUCCCUAAUUUGUAAGUAACAUCUUAAUAAAGUUCUUUAAAGACUA